AUGGCGGGGGGUGGUAAUAAUAUGAACAAUUCAAUGAAAAACGUUGGGGGCGUGAGUGUUCCAACUGGGUUUGGUAAUUCAAGCGCAUCAGCUCCUCAAUCUAUGGCACCACCUAUGAACCAUUCGCACCACCCACAACCUCAAAGUCAUGAUGGUGGUGAAGCCCAUUUUUCCGGUCACUUUCAGCUGUCUGAGCCGCAGGCUCAGGCGCUAGCUCAAGCACAAUACGUUCAAGCUCAAGCUCAGGCUCAAGCUCGAGCUGCCCAUGCCCGAUUUCAAGCUCAGUUACAAGCUCAAGCUCAAGCCCAAUCGCUUUCCCAGAAGCCAAAUCCAAUGGUAGGGAUUAAUAGCAACAGUAACAUCGGUGUCUCAUCUCCAUCACUCAUAACACCCAUGAAUGCAAAAAGAUCGGGUCAAAAACCAUCUUCUAGACCUCCAAGUUCCUCUGGUGCUGCUAGUGGUUCACCUUUAAAAACCAUGGAACUCACCCCUGCAGCCCGGAGAAGAAAAAGUGGUCCACCGGAAAAGCAGAUUCCGGACAAAGUAGCCGCCCUUUUACCGGAAUCCGCUCUUUACACUCAAUUGUUGGAAUUCGAGGGUCGUGUGGAUUCCGCCCUUGCAAGAAAAAAAGUUGACAUUCAAGAAUCCAUCAAGAACCCUCCUCGCAUCCAAAAAAUGCUCAGGAUUUACAUCUUCAACACAUUCACAAACCAAACAAAUUCAGGAAUCCAUAAAGAAAACACCGAGCCUCCAUCAUGGUCUCUCAAGAUUCUUGGGAGAUUACUAGAAAACGGAACAGAAACCUCAAAUAAUCCAAAGUUUUCAUCUUUUUUCAAGAAAAUCACUAUUUACUUAGACCAAAAUCUCUACCCGGAUAACCAUGUAAUCUUGUGGGAAAGUUCUAGAUCUUUGGCACUUAAUGAGGGUUUUGAGGUGAAAAGAAAAGGAGAUAAAGAGUUCACUGCUAUAAUUCGAUUAGAAAUGAAUUACACCCCUGAAAAAUUCAAACUUUCACCUGCUUUAAGCGAAGUGCUUGGACUCGAGGUGGAGACCCGCCCUCGAAUUAUAGCCGCCAUCUGGCAAUAUGUGAAAAUGAAAAAACUUCAAAUCCCAACUGAUACUUCCUUCUUUACAUGUGAUCCACCUCUUAGAAAACUAUUUGGAGAAGAUAAAGUGAAAUUUGCAUUGGUUUCUCAAAAGAUUUCACAGCAUUUAUCCCCACCACAGCCUAUACAUUUGGAGCAUAAAAUCAAGCUUUCUGGGGAGAAUCCGGUUGGGAAUACGUGUUAUGAUGUUCUUGUGGAUGUCCCGUUUUCAUUGGAUAAAGAUAUGUCAAAUUUCUUGGAGAAUUUGGAGAAACAUAGGGAGAUUGAUGCUUGUGAUGAAGCGAUUUGUUCUGCAAUCAAGAAAAUUCAUGAACAUAGGCGAAGAAGGGCUUUCUUUUUAGGGUUUAGUCAAUCACCAAGUGAGUUCAUUAAUGCAUUUAUUGCAUCACAGAGUAAGGAUUUGAAAACUGCUGCUGGUGAUGCCACUCGUAUUGCUGAGAAAGAGCAUCGUUCUGAAUUUUAUAAUCAACCAUGGGUGGAAGAUGCUGUAAUUCGUUACUUGAACAGAAAACCUACUGCAGGAAGUGAUGCACCCUGAAGCACAUAUUGCAAAUUAUUUCCAUGGUGGGGUUGAGGGCAAUCUUGGGUUUAUGGUAAUAUGCUAUCAAUGAAAAGCAGGCGUUUUUAUGAGUUCCCAUCUGUUGGUUUCUUUCAACAUGCCCCCCUUUGAUGAUAUGAUGCAAGAAAAUGACAUAAAUAGCCUUCAAUUACAGAACCCAGAAAAUGCCCCAUUGAAGAGUUUGUUGAUCAAUUGAUGUGCUCCCUUUUAGUCAAUAAUUCAUGUUGGUAGUUUUGAUUAGGAUUGAUGAUGUUUUGUUUAUGUUUUUGAUAAUUUGCUAUAAUAGUGUGUAACUUCCCUUGUCUUUAGCAACAGAUAGUUGUUUUAGUUGGGAUUAGCAGUAUAGCAUGUUGUAGUAUGAAAAUUUAGUUCGAUUGUAUGAUCCAUAUUGGGUUUUAAACACCAAGUUUUAUUUAAGAUGGAACUACUUAUA